UUUCUGGACCAGAGAAGUGGUGAUGUUGCUGGACUAAAAAGCUGGAUACAACCCCACACUGAACGUAGUAAGUGGGCAGCUAUCGAGGGGCACAGUGGAGUUAGCUAUCGGUCGGCAACACAGGGUACUGUUCAUACCGGUGUCAGUCAUCUGUACAAUUAUUCACGGUCUAAAAAUGGGAAGCAAAAAGAGAAAGAGACAAGAAGAAUAUUUUGAUAUUAUUUAAGUGAAUUGUAUCUAUAGCAUAUACCAGUAUCAGUGUCUAUGAAUGCACAGUAAUUUAGGGACUCGCUGUAUCUGCAGAGACAUCUACUUACCUGACAAGUAAAUCUUGCGAAAGAAAGAGAACAAGUCGAAGCCACCUUAUCACAACUAACACAGGGGAUGGGAUCACCGCCCUCUACAGUGGUAGCGGCACGUCGUAGGCUGCGUGAUUUGGUGAGACGCGGAGAGAAAUUGGGUCUGACCCAGAGUGACCUCGCGUCCCUACCAGCCGCACACCUGCUUGCAAACUCCGGGUCGAGAAGGCGAUGGAGGAGCACGAGUGUAGCCAUCACGGCUCUCGCUGUCGUCCUGGCUACAACGGCCGUCCUCACUAAAUGUUACGUGUAUCAUCAAGCCACAACUUCUUACACUUCAGGCGUCUCUGCAGCGUCCCUGGACCCCUGGUGGCAACAGCAGCAACUUCAGAGACUAUGCACUAUCAACAUGCCCCAGCAGUUGGUUCGGAUGUUCCGCCCGCCGGAAGACUGUGACAUGUGCCGAGGUUUGAGACAGGUCGAGAGAAUUGCCAACAUCUCCCCGGCAAACUUCAAGAAAAGAUACACAUAUUCGGGACAUCCUGUGAUUGUGACUGAUGCCAUGCGCAAUUGGACGGCGCAGCAUGUAUUUGACUUCCGAUUUCUCAAGACACUUUAUCAACAACUUCCUCAAGCCCAACAGUCACAGGGCUGCCAACUUAUAGCUACAAACUCUGGCUUUGCCAAUCUUGGCGAGGUCUUUAACGGCAGUUACAAAACAAACACUGAGCCGUGGCACAUCGGAUGGCGGAACUGCGACGAGCGAGCAGUCGCCAUCUUGCGUCAGCACUAUGGACGUCCCUACUUCUUGCCUCCCAGUACCAGUGACAGACAAAAGCUCGAGUGGAUUUACCUGGCCAGUUCAGGUUACCGAGAACCUAUACACAUUGAUGUGGUUAAUCGGCCAUCUUGGCAAGCUCAGCUCAAAGGAAGCAAGCGAUGGUUCCUCCAUCCGCCGCCAGAGUGUUACUAUCAAUGCGAAUCGCUUGACGUCACAGUCGAACCAGGAGAGAUUAUUGUCGUUGACACUGCCCGGUGGUACCGCGAGACUGAAAUUGUGUCUGAAGAACUGAGCGUCGCUGUUGGAGCACAAUUCGACUUCACCUAGUGAAGUAAUAUCGAGUCAGAAUAAAGUGACUUGAAAAGUAUGGACAUAGUUGUGGGUAUUGACAAGGAUAAGAGGAAAAUAAAAAUACGGAGCUUUUUUUUAAGUGUAUGUGAUCGAUCAACGGGGUAUUCGGAAGACAUCCGUGACUGUUAUUAGUGGGAAAUACCUUGAACAUGGAGAACUGAUUUAUGAGAUAAAUUCUAAUCGUUUCCAUAUACGAAACUCUACUUCCUGCAACCCUUCUAUUUCCACCAAAUCCCUCAGGUCUCCGAGUUAUGUAAUUUAUCUUCAGGGCUUGUGUCAUUCCAUACCACUCCUAGUUAAUCCAUCAGGACAAAGGUAAGCCUCUCGUCUAACUAAACCAAUGUUAACUCCUUGAAGUGAAUUACCGUCUAAUGUGAGGUAAUUUCAAUUUGAAGGAGAAAUUCUCCUACAAAAUAUAUGUUAUAGAUGAGCCUUAGAUCAUAGAUACUUUGUAACGUACGGGGUGGAAUGUGUUCAAUACAACUAAUUUGAAAAUAC